GUGGUGCGGAUAAAUAGGGGCUGCGGGCCCGGGAGGACACGGGUGGCUCGGACGAUUGGCUUCGGCUCCUUGCGCUCGGCCGCUGCAGGCCCAGGAUCUCGGCGCAGCGCUCGGUAGGGGCUCACGUUUUUGAUCAGGGCAGCCUCAGACUGUAAGCCUGUUACCUACGCUUCCCACAGAGCUGGCAUUACAGGUGGGUCCAGGAUCCAGCUUCCAGAAUGUGGUAUUCCUUGGCCUCUCUCUGCUGCCUGCUGGUGCUGACCAGUGCCCAGAGCAGGCUUUCUUUCCAUCCGCUGUCGGAUGAGCUGGUCAACUACAUCAACAAACAGAACACAACGUGGCAGGCUGGACACAACUUUUACAAUGUGGACAUGAGCUACCUGAAGAGGCUGUGUGGCACCUUUCUGGGUGGGCCUAAGCUCCCGGAGAGAGUUCAGUUUGCUGAGGACAUAAAUCUGCCUGAAAGCUUCGAUGCACGGGAACAAUGGCCCAACUGUCCGACCAUCAGAGAGAUCAGAGACCAGGGUUCCUGCGGCUCUUGCUGGGCAUUUGGGGCUGUGGAAGCCAUUUCUGACCGGAUCUGCAUCCACACUAAUGGGCACGUCAAUGUGGAGGCAUCUGCAGAGGACUUGCUCACUUGCUGUGGUGGCCAGUGUGGCGAUGGCUGUAAUGGUGGCUAUCCCUCUGGAGCUUGGAACUUCUGGACCAAGAAAGGCCUGGUUUCUGGUGGCCUCUAUAACUCCCAUGUAGGCUGCAGACCCUACUCCAUUCCUCCUUGUGAGCACCAUGUCAAUGGCUCCCGGCCCCAGUGCACAGGGGAGGGAGACACUCCCAAGUGCAGCAAGACCUGCGAACCUGGCUAUUCCCCGUCCUACAAAGAAGACAAGCACUUCGGGUACACCUCCUACAGUGUCUCCAGCGAUGAGAAGGAAAUCAUGGCAGAGAUCUACAAAAAUGGCCCAGUGGAGGGCGCCUUCACUGUGUUUUCGGACUUUCUGAUGUACAAGUCAGGAGUGUAUAAGCAUGUGGCUGGAGACAUGAUGGGUGGUCAUGCCAUCCGCAUCCUGGGCUGGGGAAAGGAAGGCGGCGUCCCCUACUGGCUGGUGGCCAACUCCUGGAACACUGACUGGGGAGACAAGGGCUUCUUUAAAAUCGUCAGAGGAGAGGAUCACUGUGGAAUCGAAUCAGAAAUUGUGGCUGGAAUCCCACGUACUGACCAGUACUGGAGAAAGAUAUAGUCUGCAUGCCUGACUGGCCAAUCCUGGGAGAGUUCUUCCCUAAAUGUAGCCAGCUAGGCUGGGAGAGAGAUGGGGCAGGAAUUUCUUCUUUGAGUUCACAUAAGAUGCAAGGGGUUUUAGAACCUGAAGGACUGGAUUGGGCCAAACUCACACCCUGCCAUCAGAGCUGUCUUCCAAGGAGACAUCUCCUUUCCUGGCUCCCUCCCAGCCUAUUCAGUGGACAGUGCUGCAGCGCAAUCAGAGCCCCCCUCACCGCCUCCCCACUAGAUUAGUGCUGUGUGUAGUGCCUGCUGUUCCAGCUCUGGCUGCAAUCCCUCCUACCCCCACUCCUACAUCUGAGCAUCUCCAGAAGCAAGACAGACCCAAGGGCUUGGGGCUGCAGGUUUUCCACAGGGGCAUAAGGCGGAGUUCCUAACAAGAGGACACGUGCCCACCCAUCAGCAGCCUCUAAGCAAGUCACCUUCUAGUUCUGUGACAGGUACAGAGGAAGAUGUGUGCAGCCCUCUGGAGAAAGCCACCUUUUCCCAGAGCACCUGCAUUUGUCCUGCUUUGUGAUGUUACAAGCCCUCUCUGGUCUUGGCCUUGGCCAAUUCUAUUUUUUAAUAGAGUUUUUGGGGUUUUUUUGUGCACACUUCAGCUGGUCAUGUCAGUGACCAACUCUUAAUAAUUUAAGAGCUGUACUAGUUUUACAGAUUGUCCCCUAAUGGUGUGGCUGAAAACAAGCCAAGUGGUCGCAAUUUGCUGGCUGACCUACUGACCUCAACUACCACAGUGAACCUAGUUUGGGAGAAAACAGCUUUUGCUGGUUUUGUUUUGUUUUGAUUUGUUUUGUUUUUUAAAUCACUGCUUCACACUGUCAAUUUAACAAGGAAUGAUCAUGCCAAUAAAAGACUGCUCCAGCUGGA